CCUCGGACUUUCUAUUUUAUUUUUUAUUUACAUAUGUAGAUAGUCUAAAUAAUAAUAAAUAAAUAGUGUACAAAUAAUACUAUGUGACUAAACUAUUGCUUUUGGGGGUUAUUAUUGCUCUAUAUAGUUUUAGUUUACACUUUCGAAAAUUGCAAUAUCUGGUCUAGAAAACUUUUGAAUCAAUGGAAAAGGGACCAAAUUCAGAAAUUGUUUUCAAAAAUGGACCACAACAGUGCAAUGGAUACAAAAAUGUGUGACUUAUUAGCAGGAGACCAGAUGAAAGACUACUGCAGAGUGUGCAUGGCUCAUGGUACAAAUAUGAAAGAAAUAUUCAACAUUGAAUCCAAUAUAAUUAAUCAAAUUGAAUUUUGCACUGGUUUAAAACUUACCCAGCAGGAGGAAUUGCCGUCGCGAAUAUGCUGCGGCUGUUAUACAAACCUGUCUGUUGCGUACAACUUCAAAACAACUUGUAUCAAUACGGACGAGGUCCUGCAGAAACUGCUCAUGCAAAACGUCAAAGUGGAGGUGGAAGACGACUAUGACUGUUUUGAUGAAACAAGUGGAACUGAAAUGCAUGAUGUAGAGCUGGAAGUCAAAAAGGAGGUUGUCAUUAAGAAGGAAGACAUGAAAUGCAAACCUCGUAUCAAACUCAAGUCACUCCCUGUCCAAAAGAGAGUGUCACAGCCGCUAAAGAAGAAAGUGGACCCGCUUUACUGUGAGACGUGUCGCGUGAACUUCAAAACCAAGAAACUGCGAGAGGAUCACGACAAGGACUUACAUUUGGACACAUUGGAGACUUUUAUAUGUGAGAUAUGCGGCAAAGUGUUCCUACACCGAAGCUCGUUGUACACCCACAGCCGGUCUCACCUGCCGCCUCAGUUCUCGUGUCCAGACUGCGAUUACUCCACGUGGCAUAAACACGACCUCAACAAGCACAUAUUGAGGCACAGAGGCACAAAACGAUUCCAGUGCGAAUUCUGCACCGCCUCUUAUUACACGUCGUCGAAUCUGCUCUGUCACAUCCGUCGGUUCCACGAACGUCUGAAGCCGCACGAGUGCCACCUCUGCGACAAGAAGUUCUACGACACGACUAAACUCAACAGGCAUUUAGAUUCGCAUAACGAUGUCAAACGCUUCGAAUGUGACAUCUGUCACUCGCACUUCACACGCCGGUGUUACUGGAAGAAGCAUCUUCAGCGUCAACACAACGUCACGAUACCGCCGCAGCGGCCGGGCAGACAGAGGCUCAUCAUGACUGUCGGGGAAGACUUGAUGAACAAACCCGUUAAUACGUUUCAGAAAUAUGACUAAAUUAUAAUUUGGGAUUGAUUUUUUUUUUUUUUUUUAUGCGACUCUGGCUGGCGACUUGUCGCUUUGUAUGAAUCGCGAUUCAAAAAAGUGUUAAAAAAUGUUUAUUUGCCCUGGUCGACUUUUACAUUCUGCUGUAGAAAUUGGCACAUUUGUUAUUCCCUCUAUCGGGCUAGCAUCAUCUGUGGUCCUAUUCAAAAUGCCCGCCCACACAAUACGAAAUUUUCGAAAUAACAUUCUUAAAAUGAAACAAAGAAUUUUUUUUGACGUACAUUGAUCAUUUACAAACUCGUAUUUCAUUGCCCAAUGAAAUUGUAAAUGAUAUUUUCUUUUUUAUUUUAAUUGCCGUGAAGUUCCCGGCACCAAUAGAAAAAAGAAUAGGACCAAUCCAUCUCUUUCCCAUAGAUGUCGUAAAAGCCGACUAAGGGGUAGGCUUAUAAACUUGGGAUUCUUCUUUUAGGGGAUGGGCUAGCAACCUGUCACUAUUUGAAUCUCAAUUCUAUCUUAAAGCCAAAUAGCUGAACGUGGCCUAUCAGAGUCUUUAUAAGACUGUUGGCUCUGUAUACCCGCAAGGGAUAUAGACGUGAUUAUAUGUAUGUUUUUUAUUUUUAUUGCACACAAACUUUUGUUAACCUAAUCUUGAGGAGAAGAUCUCAAGUUUUUCAACAAAGCCCUCUUUGAGUCUAUAAAGACUUACUAAGGUAUGAUUACACUCUCAGGAGUCACUAUUUUAAAUGUGAUGAAUAUGCGUGUUAAGCCACGAACACACCGGCCCAACAAACAGGCUUGCAAAUGUUUGUUGAUCCUGUGUAGACCUGGCUUAAGACAUAUGUAUGUGAUCGUCAGGAACGAUACAUAACUAUGGAUAUGACAAAAUUUAUUUGUAUGAACGAUUCGCAUAAAAAAUCACAUUCACCGAAAGUGAUUUUUUAUGUGACUUUUAAUAUAAUGGUCACAUAAAAUGGCUGACGUCACAAUAUAAGGAAACUAAUUUUCUAGAACCGAAUUUAAACAUUCGCGUUGCAUUAUACUAUUUAUAAAUAAUACAGUUAUUAAAAUAGAAUAAAUUUAUUUUCAAAAUUGGAUACAAGGUAUCACUUAUUGACGUCACAUAACUUAAAUCUAAUUAUAACUACUACCGCUUCCAAAGCGCAUGUGUAGAAGAAGCGGCGGAACACACUACACUGCAGCAUAUUCAUCGGACGUCAAUUUACAAAUAUAGAUCUCUUAAAUCUAAAUCGUGGACGAAUGCACAUUGUCUACAUUAAAAAACAUGAAUGAAUGAUAAACGCGCACGUAACGUCCCUACCUUUAUUUUAUCUCGGACGUUUCGAAAAAACAUGUAGGUAUGUCAGAAUCGCGGUAAUCACUUAGUAGUUUUAUCCUUUGGUUAUGGAACCCUAAAAACGACGUCAAAAAAAUUUUUUUUCAUUUUGUCAGUACCCUCAAUAUUUUUUAUUUAUUUAAUAUUUGUUUCUGCAGGUACACAAAAGGUACCAAAUCUACAUAUACAGUUUACUUACCUACAUAUGCUAACUAGUAGUACACCCGCGGUCCUGACGUCAGGAUGGCGGGUGUACCUAUUUUAUUUAAAAAGUUUACAUAGAAGGAGGUAUUUUUAGGAUAGGUACACUGAGGUACACAUCAGGUACGUUUUUAAUCCAAAACAGAUAUUUAAAUCCGUGAGGUACACCCGCGAUUCUGACACACAUGAACAAACGUGUCACAAUGAUCCGUGCAGGCGGAGCAGUAGCCGGCUGGUUUUCGUCGCUCGGUGACCGCGGGUAAUUGUACCAUGAUUCGAAACUUCAGCAAUAAAAUAAAGGUACCUAUGUUACGUGCGCGUUUUAUACCUGUAUCGUUAUAAAUAGUAUAAUUUGCUAGAUUCUAAAUGUGACGUUUUAUGAGACUGUUAUAUAUAAUGAUCGGCACAUGACUAUGGUUGUAAUGUCAUAUUGUAAAAAACUUUGUUAUAAAUGUGGGACCUAAAAUACAAUGUGUAUCGGUACAUAGCCGAGUGAGCAUUGUAGCAAUAAAAUGUAAAUAAUUUUUAAGA